UACAUUUACGCAAAAAAAAAAAUUAAGCGCAAAUAGCAAGUAGCCAGCCACACUUACUUCUUUGCCAUGUUAUCCGUGUUUACCACAAUUGUUAUAGUCGAAGGCGCAGCUCAUAAAUUACGAUGUUGCGUGAACAAAAGAUUUCAUAUGGCAGGACUGGUCCUUAGGACCCAAGGAUAGAUUUAAUAAGUGGAGCCACCAAAAACAUAGAAUAGAUUUUAUCCCAAAGAAUCCCUUAAAAGUGAAGUUAGGGAGGUGUAGGUUUGUAUGGGGAAUCACUAACCGCUCAACUUAACCGAUUUAGAUAAAAUAUGUCUACAUCUUUGAUUUAGUUGAAAAUGAUACCAUACUUUACUUAGAACCUAAAGUUAAGCAACUAUUAACUCCAGACAUGGCCGACGCUGAAAAAACCCUCUCCGCUUCUUAAAUACAUCUUAGAAACACAAAGAUUAAUUCUGCGAAAGGAAAUCUUUCAUUCAGAGAACGUCGUGCACAGACCACUAUUACAAUUAUGUUUCUUAAUUAUCUUUGUAUUUCUAUUUAAUAAACAGUUAUUUUCAGGGAAAAAUUGUAAUGAUUGCAAACGAAAAAGAAACUAGACUACAAAUAGCAAAUCCGUGCAAGCAUAUAUUUGUCAAACCUAUAUUUGAGUCGCUGUUCAAUCUUACAAAAAAAUGUCAAAUUGAAAAGGUAUUUUUUUUUAAUUUAGCAAGUAAUUAUUUUGAUUAUUGGAGUAAACACGGUUUUUAUUUAGAACAUAAAAUUUCUUUUAAUUGGUUAGAGUCAGACCAAGAUAAAGGCUGGGCUAUCAAAAUUGCUGUCUAUUUAUCUUCGUCUAACUCUAUUUACGAUAUUCAAUCUGAACUGUGGCAUUGGUUUCCGAUUAAAUGCUUGAAUAGUCAUUUUCCGCUCAUCUAUUAUGAUUUUAUUUUUCAGGGGCUGUACCAGAAUGAAGUGGAUGUGGGAGGGUAUAUCACCAAUUACUUCGGCGGUAGUUUUUUCUAUGGAAAUGUUACUUUCAAGUCAUCUUUCUACAGUGACGAAUGUAAUUUCAGUUGUACCUCUAUAGGAGUUGAACUGACGCCUAAAAAAUAAGUUAAGUAGGUAUGCAAAUAUAUUAUUAUGAUUUUAGUGUGUGUUAUUUUUUGUUUCUUACCUUACUACUAGAGUUACACCAAGCUAAGUUGGCAAAGAUUUUGAUAGCCCAGCCUGUGCAGGUGUUCAGUAAACGUCAUAAUUUUAUAGAUGUUUGACGUUUAAAAUAACACUUGCGCUGUCUGUGCUAUCAAAUCGCUGCCACUUACCUUGGCCUGACUUCUACUAUUACUUUUAUGGUCUAAGAUACGUUAUAAGGAAUAUCUAUCCUCAUCUGUUAUUUAUUUGCAAUGAGAAAUAUAUGAUAGAUAAUCACAUUAUCACAUUGCAAAUAGGAUGCCUAGUAAAAUUGCGUACGGACAGUUUUUUUUACUUUUUUGUGUUAUUUCAUCGUAUUAUAAUAUACGAAUGAAUUAUUUUAUAUAUUAUGUAACUGUAAUAGGCUGCAUCAUUAAAAAGUUGGUCCAGUCAAUGGUUGCCUAGGUAGUUACAUAGAUUUUAGAUAAACAUCGCUUAACCUAGGUACAUCUAUAGCUCAGUCACAGAGCCAGUUAUAAAUGUAGGUAUUGCCAUUUCACUCUAUAUUCGUAUAAUAAUUUGGGGCACUUUUUCUUUUUUAAAUCGAUAGUCCUCGUGAUUCUGAGGCGAAAUAUCCCAAGAUUUGAUAGUUUUUCGAGGAAAAGGUAAUAGUACAAACUCUCAUAAAACUGUGGGGUCUUGGGACACUUGGUUAUCAGAAAGCGAUCAAAAUGCGCUUAAAAGGUGGCGGCAAUCACAAUUCUAUAAUCUGUGUUCAACGAAGCUUGCCAUCAGAUAAGGUAAACGUUUCAUUUAAGUAUAUUUGUAUAAGUUUGAAUGAGUGCCUCUUUCGCUAAUCAGCGAUACGAACGUACAUUUAACAUGUUGAAAAUCGAAAUAGUGUUCCUUGCAGUUACAACACUAAUGUUGCUAAGUUUGGCAAGUAAAGGGUCGUAUGUAAGUUUUGUUUAUUUAUUUAAACUUUAUUGCACAAAAGAAGAACUUAAUGUACAAAAGGCGAACUUUUUUUUUUAGAAGUUUUAGGCACUAAUUAUCUUUGAUAACGGUUUACACUAUUCGGUAGUAACUCCGAUGACCAAGAAUUUGAUUGUCCCGGGUCCGAAGAUUUGUGUGAAGGGCAUACAUAUUUGUUCUUGAAACAUCUCUUACCUAAUACUACUUACUUACUUGGCUGGCGCGAUGACCCAAAAUGAGUCUUGGCCUCCAACGCAAGAGCACGCCACUUUUCUCGAUGCAGAGCGAACUCACGCCAGCUUUCGCUGACGCCGAGCUCAAGGAGAUCUGCCUCCACUCUAUCCGCCCAACGAUAUUUAGGAUGACCAACAGGACGGCGUCCAGUUGGUCGACCUAAGUAAGCCCUCUUACCUAUGCGUUUUAUAUUUGUACAUAUCAUCAAUUCAUCAUCUAAGUAAGGUGCGUUGGGCUACCGUAAACUCGGGAUACAUUAGUCCUGAGGGGUAAUAUUACCCACCCAUAAAACCUUAUUUUAUUAAAUUAAUAUUUAAAUCAAAACAACAUCAUGCGAUUAAUUCACUCCUGGGUAAUCUUUGGAUGUCGUUAAAAAUAAUUUACUAUAUCAAUAAUAGGGAUUUAGUUUUAUGAGUGUCAAUUUUCUCCCUAUAGCUAAUUUAGCCCAAGUUUACGGUACGUUGAAAACAUAGGUAAGGCAAAAAGUUUAACGUAUCAUGUUCAAUAUUUUUAGUGCAGGCACAUUGUUGCAAUUGCCAUUUAGUUGUGCCCCGUCAUUCAGUGGUCAAUUCCCACUUGAAUUUAGAAUUAGUGUGCGAGCUGUCACUGGUCACUGGUGGUACAGUCAGCAUCAAAAGUAGCGGAUGAAACAACGCGCCAAAAGUAUCUGAUAUUCCUGAUAACUUUUCCAAAUAUAGAUAAAUUUCUAAAAUUCGCGUUCAAAAGUAUAUCUUUCACAGUUUUAGUUGUUUUAUAUUAAAGAAAUCACUUUUUGUUAAGCUGUUACAGAAUGGUAGUUACUUAUGAAACGUUAUUUCAUCCGCUACUUUUGAUGCUGACUGUACUAUCGUUAUCUACUCGACGAUUUUCAAUUUUACCCAAUUUUAUUUGUAACUUCUAUGAGAACAAAAAUAUGUUAUAACUGAAUAUUAAAUUUAAAUUAGAUUUGAUUUAUUAAGUCUAAAUAAGGCUACUUUUCAACACGUUUCCGUCGUAACCUAGCAGAACUUUACGAGAUAAGAUGAACAUUUUUUUU